CCCGGCCGAGGUUUCGGUUGGCGGCCGGCGGGUGGGAGAUGCGCCCGCGAGCGAAGGGCGGGCGUUCGAAGGCAGCUCGGCGCUGGGGCUGAGCGGCUGAGGCGCCGCGCGGUCAUGGCCCCCACCAAGCCCUGGGGAGAGUGGUUCCUGGGCCUGCGGGUGCCGCCCGCCGGCGUCUUCGGGGUGGCCUUCCUCGCCCGGGUGGCCCUGGUUUUCUACGGCGUCUUCCAGGACCGGACGCUGCUCGUGCGGUACACGGACGUCGACUACCGGGUGUUCACGGACGCCGCGCGCUUCGUCACCGAGGGGCGCUCCCCGUACCUGCGGGCCACGUACCGCUACACCCCGCUGCUGGGCUGGCUGCUCACGCCCAACGUGUACCUGUGCGAGCUCUUCGGGAAGUUUCUGUUCAUCAGCUGCGACCUGCUCACCGCCUUCCUCCUCUACCGCCUGCUGCUCUUCAAGGGGCUGGGCCGGCGCCGGGCUUGCGGCUACUGUGUCUUCUGGCUCCUUAACCCGCUGCCCAUGGCGGUGUCCAGCCGCGGCAACGCCGACUCGAUGGUGGCGGCGCUGGUGCUGGCGACGCUGUACCUGCUCGCGAGGAGGCAGGUGGCGUGCGCCGCGGUGUCGUACGGCCUCGCCGUGCACAUGAAGAUGUACCCGGUGACCUACAUCCUGCCCAUCGCCCUGCACUUGCUCCCGGAGCGCGGCGGCCACCCCGGUGACCCCGGCCGGCCCCGCUGCCCCUUCCAGGCCCGCCUGUACGAAUUCCUCAAGAGGCUGUGCAGUCGGGCCGUGCUGCUCUUCGUCGCCGUCGCCGGGCUCACGUUUUUCGCCCUGAGCUUCGGCUUCUACCAGAAAUACGGCUGGGAGUUUCUGGAGCACACCUACCUGUACCACCUGACGAGGCGGGACAUCCGGCACAACUUCUCGCCCUACUUCUACAUGCUGUACUUGACCGCGGAGAGCCCGUGGAGCUUCUCCCUGGGCCUCGCCGCCUUCCUGCCGCAGUUCCUCCUGCUGUCGGCCGUGUCGUUCGCCUACUACAGGGACCUCGUCUUCUGCUGUUUCCUGCACACGGCCAUCUUCGUGACUUUUAACAAAGUCUGCACCUCCCAGUACUUUCUUUGGUACCUCUGCCUGCUGCCCCUGGUGAUGCCGCUGGUGAGGAUGCCGUGGAAACGCGCCGUGGUUCUCCUGAUGCUGUGGUUCAUCGGGCAGGCCCUCUGGCUGGCUCCUGCGUACCUCCUGGAGUUUCAGGGAAAGAACACCUUUCUGUUUAUCUGGUUAGCUGGUUUGUUCUUCCUUCUUAUCAACUGUUCCAUCCUAAUUCAAAUUAUUUCCCAUUACAAGCAGGAACCCCUGGCGGAGAGAAUCAAAUACGACUAAUUCGUGCUCCCGUUUUUCGGCCACUUCUAGUACAUUCUGAUGGUGCCGAAUGGGCCACAAGAGAGCUUUGGAGACAUUUUUUGAACAUCCUGUGCACGCUGGUGAAAGUUCAGUUGGGAGCAUGAAUCCCGGCCCCAGGGGAGAUUAAAACGAAUGGUUGCCUUGUAUAUAAAGGGGACUCAAUAAUGGAGGUCCGCCUCUAGGAAAUCUUAGGCCUCAUUCAUCGGGACCACGAUGGGGAGGAAAGGUUACUUGUUUCGACACCGAAAGGCUGAUGAAACUAUCAGAUGCCAAAAGGUUUUUGAAGAAAAAUAGAGGAAUGUAGUCAGUCCUGGGGUCUAACCCAGUAUUCGUACCAGCUACACUAUGCUGCAGAGUCUAAAGCUGUCUUUCCUUUUCAACCCCCCACUUUUUCUUUUGAAAGCUUUCCCAAUCGCUGUGAAAACUCACGGAAUGUUCCUAAA